AUGAUCAAGUCUCUAGAGGAAACCGGCCUUCAGUGUUUCCUAGACGACAAACAUACUAUCUAUCCGGAAUCCAUUUUGGAAUUCUUCUACCACGCAAAGGUGUUUAGGGGCACCCCCCACUUUGAAACCCACAUUCAAUCCAAAGUGGGAGGCAUUGUCUUUGAUUUCACCGAACGGGACUUUGCGCGGUGUCUUAGCCUGCCAAGGCACGGGAUAACAGAUCUAGACAUUCCGGCAGAUGUAAAGGCCGAGGUAUCCAUCGCCUUUUCCCGGUCUGACGAACCAGUUGAAGAUCACGGAGCAAAAUCGCGUCUGAGAGCUGAAUAUCAGCUUCUAAAUGAUGUGCUCGGUGGCCAAAAGAAGAAAACCGCCAAAAAAGCUGCCUCAGCCAAAGCAAAGGCCGAAGGGAAAGGCAAAGAAAAGAUAACUUUCUCAGAACCACCUCAGCACACAGAAGAUGAGGAGUGGGCUUCUGAGAGAACAGACACGGAAAAGACGGAGGAUGAUAGAACGGUCCUCAAUGAAGAUGGCUCGGUCCAGAGUCCUAAGGAUGCCGCACCAAACACCAACCCUGAGACCACCGAGGCAAGGCUUGAAAAAGCCAAAGGGGAACUAAUUCAAGAAGUCGAGCGGCUGGAAGCCAUAUGCAGCCGAAUGCAGGUACCAGUCUAUCAUGCUCCCAAGAUCGAAAGGUUUCCGGCUAACUGCCCAACACCUCCACAGGAGAAUGCGGCACCGAUAGAAUCCAGUGAAAGAGCCGAUCAAAAUCUCACCGAGCAAUCACCUCCCCCACCACCGGAAGUCACCGCCUCAGACUUCACUAAAGAAUGGGUUGAAGACCGCAUUAAAGAGUUCGACGAGACCGCGGUUCAGCCGUUCAAAGAUAGAUCCGGCAGGAUAGUUGAUUCGGCCCUAAAAUUCACCGACGUCACAAGGAAUCUACUGGAAAGACAUCAAGAACGGUUCUCAGAACUCGGCAAAGGUUUGUGGGACGUGGCGGUUCAGCAAGAUAAAUGUGUUCAGCGAACCACAAUUCUGGAGGAUGUGACCUCCGAGUUAAAGAAAGACCUCGACCGACUUGAGAGAGAUACCGAUCAACGGCUGAAUGCGAUGAGUGAGGAUCUGAUCGGCACGACACUUAACUGGGUCUCCGAACUCGAGAAGAUAAAUGGGAGGUUUGCUGAGAAAGUGGCCAAUCAAGCUGUGGAGGAUGCCGUCCGGUUGGAAAGGGAGGCACGGAGGCUGGAAGGCUACGCAAAGGAAAACAAGAAGAAAAAGGCAGCCGCCUCCGAUUCAGCACCGAAAAAGAGAAAAAGGGAGGCCCCUAAGAAAGUUAAAAUAGUCGAGCUGCUCGAUGAGGUCACUGACACGGUCGUAACGGGUACAUCGCAGCAGGCCGACCAAGUGGAAGAGGAAGUCGAAGAACAACUGCGGUCCCGGUCCACUAAACGCCGAACUUCCGAACCGACCGGUCGACAGCAACCGAAGAAGAAGAGCAUAUAUGACUUUACGGACUCUGAAUAG